UUCAAGGCCUAUCCCCAGCCAGGCAAUACGACAUUGACAACCAGCAUAUGAAGUUCUACAGUGGACGAGCUUCCAGUCCAUUAUUGGCACCAUGAUUCCACUGUUGGCAGCGUCGGUUAUACUUAGCUCCAUGAUAGGAAGAACGUUGAUGGCAGGGGCGGCCACAGAUUGUGGAUCUCAUAAGAGGGAUGUCCUUUUCAUGGUCGACAAUACAAGCAUGAACAGAUCGGAGUUCGCCAUCCUGAAACAGGCGUUGGUUGAUAUAGUUGAUACCUUCACGAUCAGCCCCGAUAACAUCCAGGUUACUGUAACCACGUACCCUGACGUAGUGAUGCUCCUAUGGCUUUCGUUCCAGACUGACAAAUCAAGAUUAAAAGACAGAAUUUUGAACCUUGACCCAAACUCCAAAAAUCAACCCUUAUCCCCUACGAAAGCAAUUGAUGUGGGAAGAUAUAAUGCGUUUGGAGGAGGAGAUCGGGCUGAUGCGUCUAAUGUUGCUCUUCUAUUCGCCGGCAGUAAGCUGUACUUAACGGAAGAGGAUGUCUCGAAAAGCGACCAUUUGAAAGAGAACAAGAAGGUGGAAUUGUUUUGUCUUGGAGUGAAGAAUGCAUAUGUUUCUCAGCUGAAUCAAUUUGCAAGCCUUCCAUCAUCCGAUCACGUGUUCUUCUCUGACACUUAUUCCAACCUUGCGACCUUGGUUCCGGAACUUGCACAGAUUGCAUGUGCCAACUGUAGCAUGACGCCAUGUCAGGGGAGUCAGAUCUGUGACCUAUCGACGAACACGUGCAUUGAUCAAACCCCACUGGUUACAGCCCCUAGGAAGGAGUGUCCCAUGAAUCUUUACGAGCGACAGUCUUAUCGAAUCAGUGGGUGCCCCAUCGUCAUGACAACCUUUGCGGAGUCACCUAUUGUUUGCGCUGUUCACUGCUGUUCGACUGAAGGAUGUACGAAUUUCAAUAUGGCGCGGGAAGCAGACAUCUUGAACAAUUGCCAAUUGCUGACAUGCACGGAUACAGACAUGUUGUCGGAAUCUGAACAUCAUGACUUCUACACACCAACUUGUGUUCCAUAACGUCACAGUCACGUCACAUUAAUGUUACUAAAAUAUGGUAUUGUUUGUGUCAUUAACAGUAUAAUGGCAGGUCUAUAAAAUUAAUAUUGUUCGUCAAGUGAUUUAUUUAUCCUUCUGAGAUGCUUCGGUAAAGAUCAAACGCUCUGUCUGUACUUUAUACUUAAAAAAAUGUACCCUUUUUGUAGUUACGUCCUAAUUGGUUGACGUCACGAAGCUGCUCAAUUACCUUCCCGUGAUCUUCAAGCGUCCUCAUGCUUUAACUAUAUUAGUUCAGGGGAAAACUAUACUUUAGUACACUUCAUACGGACAUGAUAUAGAUUUUAUUAUGAGACUAUAAAUGCACUGUCAAUUCUUCUGUUUGCGGAUGAUGUCGCUAUAGGGGAACGUU